GAGGGAGGGGGGCAGAGAGGAAGGGACCAGGAGGAGGGGCCUCGUCAAGUCAAGUCCGGCACCAGGACAGCACCUCUCCCUCCGUCCAUCCGUGGGUCCCUGCCGCUUGCCCUGCGCUUCCCCUCCAGACAGCAUUAAGAGCCCAGAAGCAAGGCCUGCCUGACACCAUGAAGGGACUCUGGCUCUUCUGCUGCUGCUGUGUGGCCCCGCUGUUCCUCCUCCUCCUUGCUUCUGCAGAACGGCAAGUCUCUGCCCUGGAUGCUGGCACAGAAGAUGCAGCGGCCCAUUUUCCCGAGGCAAGCACCUGGUUACCUGGAGACCCAAGCCUGGCACGGGAGGAGGCGGCGCUGCUACACUCUGGAGAUGCUGCCGGCGGUGGGGGUGGCGUGGCCGCCGCUGCCCCCAUGCCCCCUGGAGCAGGCGCCCCUCUCCAGCCCCCAGGGAGCCCAGAAGAGGAAGAGGGCGAAAGAUUCUCCCAGGCCCAGGGUGACACGGAGUCCCCUAUCAGCGGCUUGGAAGGUGAAGGCAUCCCUGCAAAAGCCAUGCAUGGGAAAGAGGGGGCUCACAGCCCGCCCUUGGAAGAGGGGGCCUCAGAUGGAGAGGAGGAACAGAAGCCCCUGAGUGACUCCAGGCCCACAGAAGAGGGCUCCCAAGAGACAGAGGGCCCGGAGGGGCCCAAGGAAGAUGGAGAAGACAAGGAGGGCAACCCUGGCUCUUCAGAGGAGGAAGAGGAAGAGCAAGAGGAGGAGGAGGAAGCCAAGGGGGAAAAUGUGCCAGGUGCCAGCCCUGAGGAUGGAGAGGGCUCUAAAGAAGAAGAGGAGUCAUCUGAGGAAGAAGACGAAGACGACGAGGGUGGAGAGGAAGGGGUGGCAGAAGCAGUCGAGAAUGUCUCUGUAGAGGAAGGAGAUACUUCCCAGGCCGAGGAAGGAGAAGAGAAGGAGGAGGAGGAGGAAAAGGAGGAGGAGGAGAAGGAGGAGGAGAAGGAGGAGGAGGAGGAGGAGGAGGAGGAGGAAGACGGUAUUAUUGCCCCUGAAGCUACAGAGGAAGGGUCCCCUGAGGAGGAUGCUAAUGAGAAAGAAGAGCAGGCAGUCCCAAGGGAAGGCGUAGAAGAAUCGGAGGUGCAGGAGGCCACCAACAGACCUGCCAGGACACUCACUGUCUCCCGGAACCAAGAGAGGACCCCCAGUGGGCCAGCAGAAGCAUCUGGGUCUUCCAGCAAUGGGGCUACAGAUGAGGAGGUGCCCUCAGGUCAUCGUGCCCAGGCCUUCCCAGCUGCCGACAGUGGCCCUACAGACCACAGUGACACCCUGGCACCAAGAGAGGAAGCAGAGGAGGCUGUGGCAGAGUCAGCCAAGCGGGACCGUUCCCACAUCGAGAGCACCCUGAAGCUCAAGGAGGAGAAGCCAGCGGAUGACUACUCAGGUACCAUCUUGCAGCGGCUCCGGAAAAUCUACCACACAUCAAUCAAGCCCCUGGAGCAGUCUUACAAGUACAACGAACUGCGGCAGCAUGAGAUCACGGCUUACCCUGGACGCACCUUGGGCUCCUCAGCCACAGAUGGAGAGAUUACUUCUAAGCCAAUGGUGCUGUUCCUGGGACCAUGGAGUGUUGGCAAAUCCACCAUGAUCAACUACCUCCUGGGCCUGGAUGAUACUCCCUACCAGCUGUACACAGGGGCGGAGCCCACCACCUCAGAGUUCACAGUCAUCAUGCACGGUCCCAAGCUCAAGACCAUCGAAGGAAUUGUGAUGGCAGCGGACAGUGCCCGCUCCUUCUCGCCUCUUGAAAAGUUUGGCCAGAACUUUCUGGAGAAGCUGAUUGGGAUUGAGGUCCCUCAUAAGCUUUUGGAGAGGGUUACCUUUGUGGAUACCCCAGGCAUCAUCGAGAACCGGAAGCAGCAGGAAAGAGGCUACCCAUUCAAUGAUGUCUGCCAAUGGUUCAUCGACAGAGCUGACCUCAUCUUUGUGGUCUUUGACCCCACCAAGCUGGAUGUGGGCCUGGAGCUGGAGAUGCUCUUCCGCCAAUUGAAGGGGCGGGAGUCUCAGAUCCGGAUUAUCCUGAACAAGGCGGACAGCCUGGCCACACAGGAGCUCAUGCGCGUGUAUGGAGCCCUGUUCUGGAGCCUGGCCCCACUGAUCAACGUCACGGAGCCUCCCCGGGUCUACGUCAGCUCCUUCUGGCCCCUGGACUACCACCCUGACACCCACAGAGAGCUUUUCCUGAAAGAGGAGAUCUCCCUCCUGGAAGAUUUGAACCAAGUGAUCGAGAAUAGGCUGGAGAACAAAAUCGCCUUCAUCCGCCAGCACGCCAUCCGGGUCCGCAUCCACGCGCUCCUCGUCGACCGCUACUUGCAAACAUAUAGGGAUAAAAUGACCUUCUUCAGUGAUGGGGAGCUGGUGUUCAAGGACAUUGUGGAGGAUCCAGACAAGUUCUACAUCUUCAAGACUAUCCUAGCGAAGACCAACGUCAGCAAGUUCGACCUCCCCAACCGCGAGGCAUACAAAGACUUCUUUGGGAUCAACCCCAUCAACACUUUCAAGCUCUUGGCCCAACAGUGCUCCUACAUGGGAGGAUGUUUCCUGGAGAAGAUUGAGAAGGCCAUCACCCACGAGCUGCCAGACCUCCUGGGUAGCAUCGGCCUGGGAAAGAAGCCCAGCGUCCUCUCCUGCGAUACGACAGGCUGUGGCGAAGCCCCCAAGAACCGCUACAAGAAACAUUAACAGGCUGCCCAGUGUCAACCACUCCCCCACUCUUGUUGGUGAAUGAGCUUAUGUCUUAUCUGUCCAAGAAGCCAAGGUCUGCUAACCCUUCAAGUGCCACACGACACGUGGCAAGAGCUAAUGUACCAUGAGGACUUGGAGUCCCUGAUGUCAUCGGCAGGGAAGCUAGGUGGGCCCAGAGGAGAGAAUAAAACACUGUGAAUACCUGACUGUUCUUAUCUAAUCUUUGUCAUUUUGAGGAGGAGGAGGAGGUCAUGAACCAAGCAGUAGGCCAAAGGGAGGGAUGUUUCUUAGAGCUGGCUGCCAGUGAGAGUGGCCCUAAGCUCCCACGCAGAAGGAAAGGAGUGUGGAGAAAGGGCUACAGAGACCAACUCUUCCCAUCCGGAGAGGCAUGAGCAAACACUGCCUCCAUCAGAAAACAUAUACAGUGUUCUUGCAGAAUCUUUGACAAGGGAUUGAGGACCACAGAAUUCAUCACAUUUCUCUCCACCCUUUUCUUUCUGGGCCUCACGGCUUCCUGGCACCUGCUCUUCAUGGGCAGCGAGUCCCCACCUGAGUUUUCCUAUCUGAGUUCUGCCUUUUCCAUAAGCUAAAUUCAAGGCAUUUCCUCCCUAUCUGGCUAAAAAAGAGAGAGAAAUCCUCCAGCAUGGAUGGGCUCCUAGGUGGCUAUCCCAGAGAGUGGCUUCCGAAGCUUGGCCUUUUGGGAGUUCUGUAUGAAUUGAAGGCUGUUUUGUGUGGGAUGUGCUGGUGUAACUGUUUCCAUUGCUAGUGCUUGAUGUGUUUGGUGGAGUUCUGUCCUGUGCUUGCUGGCGCCUGAGCCCCAGCAUUGUCUCCUGCCUCUUGCCAUCCCUUGCUGAUAUUGUUGCUGCCCCUGCUUUUCUUCCAGCUGCUCACUGUGGCUUAAAAGAUGAGUUGUCUCUGCCCACAACAUGUCUGUUUUUGCUUUACAACUGAAGUGUCUCCCUAUAUCCCAGAACCUGGCUUAGUGUUCUGCUGCAAUGGCUAUUUCUUGCGUUUGGACAGAGGUUGCUCCUUUUGAGGGACAAAGGAGACAGACCUUCUUUGCUACAGUAUUAGCCAUAAAGUGGAGACGAGAGGGGCCUAAGAGGCAGCAAGUGGCAAAUAGUAAGCCUAAUGCCACAAGGCCUUGCCCCACAAGGGAGUACUCGCUGCCUGAGAAGGUAACCUCCAAGGAGUAUGGCAUUUAGCUACUCUGGAGGAAGUCUUGAUAGAGGAUGCUUAUGCUCCUUGCUUACCCAAAUUCAAGAAUUCCCAAGUAAAGUGUAGAUAAACAAAUGAGAAAGACAGACAUGAUGAUGGAAAAGGCAAAGAGACAGUGGGUGUCUUCACUGGUGGUUGGUUUGCUCCCACCACCACCCACAAAGAUAAAGUUUUGAAGACAGGAUCAGGCGAAUCCGUGAAAAGCAGCUCAGCACCACAUCACAGCUAGGGGAAAGAGGUUGCUAUGGAAGCUACCAAACUAAACCUCCAGAUAAAGUUGGAUUUAAAAGAGUCCUGUCUUGAGAUCUAUUCCAGGAUAUGGAGGAAAAGUGUGAGCUGCUCUACAAUGGGAGACGAAGUGCCAGGAGUGAGAAGAGUGCUGGAGCUGGGCUCUGUUAGGUGGACAGAUUUCAGGAUGGAAAUAAAUGGUGGGGAGGGGGAUUUGGGCCUGGAGCACUGAGGAAUGGGGACAGCUAAGCCGGCAAAGAAGCAUCAUGGGAACUGGCACCCAGAAGACUACAGCUGUGAGCCAGUGCAGAGAGAAGUAUUUGACCGAUCCAGAGUUGCUGCCUACUCCCCUCCUCUUCCAUUCUUCUCUUGUACAUUAUCUUCCUGCUAUUGAUCUCCUCUUACCAGCUGCUUCCCACCCUGCAGUGUUUUCUCCAAAUUAGACUUUCUGUUUUUGUCAAUAGUUCUGCAUCUUUAUCCCCACAACUGAUGGGGCAAAAAGAAGUGCUCUUACUCCUGGCUCCUCAGUCAGCGCCCUCCAUUUCUUCUGUUCUCUCUUUAGUAUCCUUGUCCUUUUUCAUCCCUCCUGUCUCCUCAUGUUCUUGCAUCUUCCUUGCCACCUUCCCUCUUGUGAAUAAAUGUCUUAGAAAUCAUAUGCAGUCAGACCAGGUCACGUUCUGCAAUGCGCUCUCUUAGCAGUAACCUCAGCUUGAAGUGCCAGCCUAAAGUGACAAGCUGGUGGCAAGGGCCAUGUUGCAUAAAAAUCUGCAGGAGGUUUUUCAUCGCCUGCUAUGAAGACGGGUGCUGAGAAAUAGUAAGAAUCAGCAGCCCAAGUCUAUGCAGAUCUUCUUAUGUAAAUGGUAGAACUCAUCUCAGCUGCUGAGAAGAUGUGUCUGUCUUGUGAUCAAAGCUAUAACAAGCACCAGAUAGAAAUAUCUUGGCCUGAAGUGCCUGAAGACUCCCUUAUCACUCUAGGGCCCUCAGGUCUUGAUCUUGUCCAAUUUGUUGUGUGCCUUCAAGCCCUUUCCAACGUACGUAAACCCCAGGACAAACCAAUGAUGGGGUAUUCUUGGCAGGAUUUUGCUUCCCCUAAGGCUGAGAGGAUGUGACUUUCCCAAGGGCUUCUAUGGCCAAGCAGGGGCUCACACUCUAGUCUCCCAGAGUCCUAGGCUCAAACAAAGCACCUCCCCAUGCUGGCUCUCCUUUCCCUCUUUAGCCUUAAGUAUUGUCUGCCCUUUCAUCCUCCUCAUAGCGAUCCUGAGCCUCUCAGAAAAGGCAGCGAUUCCAGCACCAAAAGGUAUUGCCUGGCAUAGUCCAUUCAGGAGACAUCUUUGUCCUCAAGUAUCUGGCUGUGGUUGUUUUUCCGAAUAAGCAAAAUGAAAGGAAUUACCAGGACAGCUGGCUCCUACUGUCUUCAUCCUGGCUCUCCUCCAUCUUGGGAAUAUGCUUGCAGAGGACCCGCUGAUCUUCUCAGGAGGAGCUUGUGUAGCUCUCUGUUUGGUUAGAUUAACUAAAAACCCUUCUUCCACUGUUGUGUGCUUCUUUUGAACAGGAUUUUGGACAGAUACAUUUAAAGGAUAUUACAUAGCUGUAAUAUGUUUCCAGUAUAGCGGUUCACAGUAAUCAUCUGUAUGUGGAGAGACCAUGUACAUCAGCCAUUCUAAUAAAUUCUGAUCUUUUCCAAUCAUA